CGAGUACUCGGAUAUGUGGAAGAUGUGAGGAAGUUCACCUAGCGGAGGCGAGAGCGCCAUGCUGUGUUUGACCGUUCCGUGGCCUGCUGCCAGCCUGACAGAUUAUAUAUAUAUGUAGAGGCAGCCAAUAAUCUACCUCCAAUCCCAAUUCUCAUGCAUUGCCUUUGCGUGCUGCUCUGCACAACAGAUCUAAUUCUAGAUAGAUAACGAAAGAAUAUUUUCUCAUGUAAACAGCACACAUCAUAUACUUCCUUUGUCUAUACACGUACACGCAUUACUCACUUAGUGGCGCUGGAUAUUCAUUUCGCGAAAUUGGAAGAGAUGAAAGGCCACUUGCUACAGACUAGAGAGAGGUACCCCAAUUACAUUGGCGCAGCUCUUUUCACAUUUAUUGACCUUUGCUUGAUUCACCACGGGUGCGAACCCUCCGGUUAUUACCUGUUGCAGCAAAUAUCCGCCCGCGUUUUCACGAAGGAGUGGGGAGGGAAAUGGCGUUCACCACCGUCCUUCCUGGUCACGUUGUGUUGUUGAGGCUGUUUUGUCUAGAUUUAAUAAUAUCGCUGGGUUAUUUUAGCUGAGAUGGAUUCGAGCAUUGAUCUGCAUUCGUGGCUCAAAUGUAUUGCUCCUGUGGUGCUUGUUUUGAUUGUAAGAGAUACAAUCCACUAGCUAGGUAACUUUGCCAUGCCGUCCUGGAUCACCAAGUUUAUCGCCAUUGCGGCUGCGGUUGCGCCCUGCGCUGUUGUCCUCGCGAAGCCGGAGCAGAUCCGUGGUGUAUCGUCGCCUAUCUUUCACUAUUAUCUGCAGGCUUAUCGGCAAGAUCCGAAAAUCCCAGUCAUGGGCCCGGAGGCGAGCAGCGAGUACUUCAACAUCGCGAGCGGAGCGAUCCAGAGCGCCAACAGCAGCGCGUAUCUGACGGUCGGCCAGGACAGCACCUCGUACAAGACGCUGACGCUGAGCGCGGGGACGGCGGCGGCGGCGCUUGGCUGGGCCCUCGAGGGAGACACUAUCAUCACGGGCACGAGCAGCGCUUGGGGCCGCCAGCUAAACUUCCUCGUGUGCAAGAUUGGGAGCGGUGAUUACUGGCAGGUGUAUCUACAGACCGGUAGCGAGGUCCCGUCUGGCAAGACGUGCAGUAACUACCAGAGCCUGCACUUGCCUUGUCUUUGCUAGGGGGGUUAUUAGGUGUUGGGCAGGAAGUGAGCUGCACGUGAGAGGGCUUGGUGACCAAUAUGUAUAUAUGGGUUGGGUAUUUUGAUAUAUUUACAUUCAGAGUCUUAUUCUUGAUGUACAUUUUUAGCCCCGGGAGCAUUUUAGCCCCGUUGUUUGAGCGUAUGGAUACCUCUAAACUGG